AUGAACUUCUGGUUCCCAGCUGUAGUCAUUCUGGCCAGUGCCGUCGCGUACUUCUGUGUGACGCCGGGACCGCAGAUAUUUGAGCUGGACAUCGUCCUCAACCAGCAGGCCAUGCGGUGUUUCCGCUUUGUCACGGACUUUAAACGCUACCCCUCGUGGCUUGACUCGGUCAAGUCGGUGACAUCCGAAGUCGAUCCUGCCAGCGCCGUGGUCGGAACUGAAUUUGAAUUGCUUUUUUCAAAAAAUUUCGUCGAAAAUAACAAGAUCGGAGCAGAAGUGCUUGAAAUUGUGGAAGGGAUGCGCUUCUCGUUUGGGCUGAAGGACCUAAUGCAGACCUCCAUCAAUUUUACCGUCAAGUCCCUUCCAAAAGGAUCCUGCAAAAUUACAGUAUCAAUGAAUUCUAGGAAAGACAAUUUCUUCUCCAAUAACCUAGUAAUCCCAACCAUUCGAAUGUCCUUCUACAACUGGAUGCUGAAAUCCCUGCUCAAACUGAAGGCCUCCGCACACUGA